AUGCCCAAGGCGUACUUUGUCAACAAGCGUGAGGCGGCGCGCGCCUUCAACUCGGACGAUGACGAUGACGACGAUGACGAGCUCGAGCAGCUCGAUCUCGAUGCUACCUUCCAGAAGGACAUGGUCCUCUUCUGCAUCGACGCUGGUCCAUCCAUGCAUCGCGUCGACCCCGCAACCAACACUUCGCCCCUCUACUCCGCCCUGAAGGCUGCGGCCUCACUCAUGCAGAAGAAGCUCAUCUCGUCGCCUCACGACCACGUCGGCGUGCUCAUCUUCAACUGCGCCGACACGCUCUUCCGCUCCGCCAAGCCGGGAGAGUACUACAAGGGCAGCUACGAACUCCAGUCGCUGCGACAAGUCAACGUACCCGACACAUACAACCUCAAAGCGCUGUUGCACGAAGCUGAGCACGAUCCCAAGCACUUGCAGACGGUCCUGCCGCCUGCAGAGAAGCAGAUGCGCAUCGACUGGGCGCUUGCCAACGCUGGUGUGGCCAUGGUAGCAGCUGCCAACGCGGGGAGCAAGAGAGUGUUCUGGAUCACGGAUAACGAUGAUCCGCAUCCGAUGAGCAUCGAUCGCAAAGCGACAAAGGCGAGGAGGGCGUGUCUCGACAAAAUGAACGAAUUCCGCAAGAUCGGCGUUCGAAUCGAACCGUUUUUCAUCAACCCCAACAAUGCCACCGCAGCAUCGCAGUCUUCUUCGAGCCAGAUGACGCGCGGAUUCGAGAUCAACAAGUUUUACGCCGACGUCUUUGCGCACUACGACGACGACCGUGAUGAGGACGAGGACGAGGACGAUGCCUACCCUCGACGACUGCCGCGAGGGUUCGGCAAGACAGCGGCCGAGCAGUUGAGGGGUCAGGAAAUCAAGCGAACGCUGUGGGAUUCAAGUGUACGAUUUCAGGAGCUCGAAAACGACAUCGCUACGCGCGAGACGCCCAAACGCGUCGUGUUCAACAUCAGGUUCGAGCUCGCCGCCCUCGAUCCAACACCAGAGUCGAACGGAUCAGCAGCAGAGGAGGCGGAAGAGAGGCUGCCGCAGGCACGUACGCGCGGGCGCAAGUGGCAGAUUGGCAUCAAGGGGUACAGUCUCGUCUCGAGAACCACCAAAGGUAACCCCGUCAAAGUGAUCGUAGAUGACGACUGCGGCGAGCUCAAAGAGGUCGUGACGCACCAGCACUACAUCGACGCCAACUCUGGAAAGCCACUGUCUAAGGAACAGGUCAUCCCGGCUUUUCAAUUCGGUCCAUCAUCGACCUUGCGAGGACAAGUCACGUUUACUCCUCAGGAACUGAAAAGCAUCAAAACGUUCGGCAUGUUGCCAUGCCUCAAGCUGAUCGGGUUUCGCGACAGGGAUGACCUGCUUCGGUUUGAGUGGAACGUCAAGCACGCCUACUUUAUCUACCCGUCAGAUAUUGAGUGGAAGGGCAGCCGGAAGACAUUCACGGCUUUGCUCAACUCGAUGCUCAGCAAGGGCAAGGUCGGAUUGGGGCUGUUCAUGCCGAGGCAGAAUGUGGUGCCCGUCUUUGUGGCGAUCGUUCCGCAGGAGGAGGAGGUGAGUGCGGAUGGCCAGCAGAUCGUCGCGCCUGGGAUACACCUCAUCACGUUGCCGUACGCAGACGAUGUACGAGACGUACCUGCCAACCUCCUCCGCACCGAGGAUGCCAAGGAUGAGCAGGUCGAUAAGGCAAUCGCGUUCAUCGAGCGCUAUCAAAAGAAGCAACCGUUCAACCCGGAUCACUAUCCCAACCCGGCUCUCAACCACCACUACGCUGUCCUCAUGGCCACCGCUUUUCAAGAACCCGUGCCCACCUCGCCAACCGACCUCACCGUCCCUCAGUACAGCACGAUCAAGAAGCGUACAGCUCACCUCAUCCAGGACUGGCACGAAGCGAUCAACGAAGAUCCCAGGCUGAGCAUGAACGCCUCGAUCAACAGCAACAAGCAGGCCAAGACGAGCACCAAGGUGAGGGAGACGACGUUCGAGGAUGACAGCGAGAUCCUGGAUCUGUGGGAGAGGGGAAAGCUGAGCGCGUAUACGGUGGCAGAAUUGAAGUCGGUGUGCGACUUCUACAGGUUGGACAAGAAGGGGAAGAAGACGGAGCUCUUGGUGAGGAUCGAUGAGCAUAUCCGCAAGCAGAGGAAGGGGUGA